AUGGUCUCCUCCAAAGCUUCGAUCCUCCAGCCUGAGGACCACAGCCGAGAUGCAGCGUUCAACAAGAUCAUGCACGGCAAAACAGCGCAACUCAAGGGCGGCGUGUCGGCCAUGUUCAGCAAGGAUGCCGCCGCCAAAAAGCUUGCCGUCGACGAGUACUUCAAGCACUUUGACGACAAGUCAGCUGAUGCCGAGACGGCAGCCGACCGCGAGGCGCGUGUUGCAGACUACGCCAGCUUGACACGCCAUUACUACAACCUCGCAACGGACCUCUACGAAUACGGCUGGUGCCAGUCGUUCCACUUCUGCCGAUUCGCCGUCGGCGAGGGGUUCGAGAAGGCCAUUGCCCGCCACGAGCAUUACCUCGCACACCGCAUGCACAUCGCUGAGGGCGCGCGUGUUCUCGACGUGGGCUGCGGCGUCGGCGGGCCGGCCAGGCAGAUCGCCACAUUCACGGGGGCGCACGUGACGGGCCUCAACAACAACGACUACCAGAUUGACCGGGCGACGCAUUAUGCGGCCCAAGCCAAGAUGUCAGACCGCCUAGAGUUCGUCAAGGGCGACUUUAUGCAUAUGCCGUUCCCGGACAACAGCUUCGAUGCCGUGUACGCGAUCGAGGCGACGGUGCACGCAUCGCGGCUCGAGGGAGUGUACUCGGAGAUCCAGCGGGUGCUGAAGCCUGGCGGCGUGUUCGGCGUGUACGAAUGGCUCAUGACCGACGCAUACGACAACGACAAGGUGGAGCAUCGGCGGGUGCGUCUCGACAUUGAAGUCGGUAGCGGCAUUGCCAACAUGGUGUCGAGGAAGGAGGGCCUCGUGGCGAUGGAGGCGGCCGGGUUUGAGCUGCUUCACCACGAGGACCUCGCGGACAGGCCGGACCCUCUGCCUUGGUACGGCCCGCUGUCCCGGCGGAGCUCAAGUUUACGCAGUCGGCCCAUGGACAUUGUGAAGAGCAUUGGCAUGACGCGCUGGGGACGAGCCGUCGGCCACCAAUUCAUGGGUGCCAUGGAAACGCUGCGCCUGGCGCCGGCGGGCACGCAGAAGACAGCGUUCGCGCUCGCGAGGGCGUCGGAUGGGCUCGUCGAGGGCGGCAAGCAGAAGUUGUUCACGCCGAUGUACCUCAUGGUGGGACGCAAGCCUGCACAACCAUGA